AAUAAUCAAGCAAUUACUAUAAUUAUUAGCACUCCACCUAUUCCACAAACUAUCCAUCAAGCAUUAUUGCCCUGGGGUUUAAUGCUCGAAGUAUUAUCAGAAUUUUUCUUUGCUUCUAAUUCCUGA